UCCCAUGUCCUCCUGCUCCUGGUGGGCAUUGUUUUCGUGACUUGCUUGUUCAUCAAUCUUCAUGGGAAAGUCCGCUAUUCACCCAACCAUGCUUCUUCGUCCACCGCGAUACAACGGAUACCACCACUGGAAACAGACAAAAUUCUUCUUCACACGCCACCACACCACGCAGGCACCAACCAUUCUGCAAAAGUCCGGGAUCGCUCGCCAUGCUCUGUAGCGGGGAACAUCAUAUCGCCGCCUAGAAUACUGGAGCGGCCCGCACCGAAGCCUGUUGCCGGAGCGUGGACGUUGUACAACAUCGGACGGCUGGGUAACCAGAUGGGAGGCUAUGCCGUUCUCUAUGCCAUAGCGAAGCUCAACGGCUGGAAAGCCUACGUACAUCCGACGAUGCAUUUCCGAUUGUCCCCCUACUUCAAAAUCACAAUGCCAAUCCUUGAAGACGCUGUCGCAAGUAUUCCCUGGCGGAUAUACCAGCUCGAGGACUGCCUAUUAGAUCGUUACACAGACAUCGACUACCCUUACGUCGUGCUCCAAGGGUAUCCCAACUCGUGGACCUUCUACCACUACGUACGGAGUGAAAUCCUGCAGGAGUUCACCUUCCACCGGCACUUGAAGGACAGCGCCUGGAGGACAUUGGACGUGCUAAGAGGAGAGAGAGCUAAUCCUACUUAUGUCGGUGUGCAUGUUCGUCGCACGGAUUACGUUCAAAUCAUAGAGGAGGAUUUCAACGGAGUUGUUGCCGACCAGGAGUACUUUAAGAAAGCAAUGGCGUACUUCAGGUUACGAUACAGUGGUCCGCUAUUUGUUGUCGUAAGCGACGAUAUGGACUGGUGCAGAGAAAACAUUGACACUUCUCAUGGCGACGUGUAUUUUGCUGGCGAAGGUUUAUAUAGCUCUCCAGGAAGAGAUCUCGCACUGCUUGCUCACUGUAACCAUACCAUUAUGACGUAUGGGACGUUUGGCUACUGGGCUGGAUAUUUAGCUGGCGGAGAAGUGGUGUAUGUUGACAUCUUCACGCUUCCGCACUCGCCGUUGCUGGAGCGCUCCAGGCGGUAUGCCAGAUAUCUGCCGGGUUGGGUCGGCAUUGGGGCAAACGUCUCCUCGCUCAGAAGUAGACAUCAGAGAUGAGCGUCCCGCACAAAUCAUAAGGAAGCGAAGGAAACCAGUAGAUGCAAAGUAGAAUCGCACUUUGUACGAAACACGUACAAAGCAAGCCACAUUCCAGUCGAGGAAUAGAACAUGGGCCAUUGACGCCGUGCUACUGUCCAUGGCUGCGGGUCCUUUAUGGAGCUGUAGUUCGUUACAGGGAUCAUGAUGGCUGUUGGGCGCAUGCCAGGAGGGU